UCUCUCUCGCUCGCUUCCUCGGUUGCUCACUCUGUGUGUGUUCCCUCCUUGUGCUGAGCCGCGGCCGCGGCCGGCCUUCCGCCUCCUCCUCGCCUCCUCGCGCGCGCCGCUGGCGAGCGGCCUCGGAGUGCGCGGCGUGUGCAAGUGCUCCUACUCUCCUUCGCGAUCCCACUCUCCUCCUCCGCACCUCAGCUUUGCUCUCGCGCAGGGCCAGCGAGCUGGUUCGGAGAGGGCGGUGUGGCUGGCCUCCCCUUCCACUGACCUCCGUCUCGUCUCUUCUCGAAUCGAAUCGAACGAACUGAAGAUAGUCAGCUGAUACUAGUGAAGAUGAACCGGGAAUCAAAUUUCAUGCCUACUCCUGAUCAGGAUGUUCUGGAAGUCAAGCCCCUGAGGACUUUGGCUCCAAUGUUCCCUGCACCAUUGGGGAUCGAUGUGCUUAACCGGUUGACAGCCCCACCGUUGGUAUUUGUCGCACCAGCUGGGCAGUUUCCUGGGGGUUUUGGAUCUUUGAACAUUCCUGCGGUCAGAUCGUUUGCCGCUUUCGGUGGUCAGGAUGCUAGUGGAGGCAAGACUGCUGGUGGUGGUGAUCAGGAUGCUAGUGGAGGCAAGACUGCCGCUGGCGGUGAUCAGGAUGCUGGUAGAGGCGAGACUGCUGCUUUUGGUGGUCAGGAAACUGUCAGAGGUGAAUUUGUUGCAAAUGGGACUCCAAAUGUAGGUGCUAGUGCAACUGGGCCAAUUGACGCCACUCCUAUCUCAGCUUGCAAAUCAACACAACCAAGUGUGAUAUCACUGGAUGAUGAUGACAAUGAUGAUGAUGAGCCUUACGGUGGUAACCAAACAUCAGCAUCUGGACGGAAGAUCAAGAGGCCAUCCCAUCUCAAAGGAUAUAAUGUAAGUGAUGGUUUGGGCACCGACAGCUCCAACGGAACAAAGAAACGCCCUAAGACCUCUAAUAGGAAGGCUGCUACUGACAAUGAGAUUUCCUUGAUGCCUCCAUCCAGCGAUCCCAGGGAGGUUGUGGAAGUGCUUCUCAUGACCUUCGAGGCACUGCGGCGUAGGCAUCUUCAAUUGGAUGAGACACAAGAGACUAGCAAACGUGCAGACCUGAAGGCUGGUGCCAUCAUGUUGGCCAGUAAUCUGAGGGCUAACAUUGGGAAGAGGAUUGGAGCUGUCCCUGGAGUUGAAGUAGGGGAUAUUUUCUACUUCAGGAUGGAGCUAUGCAUUAUCGGCUUGCAUGCACCUAGCAUGGGUGGAAUUGAUUAUAUGAAUAAGUUUGGUGAUGAGGAUGACUCUGUAGCAAUAUGUAUUGUUGCUGCAGGUGUUUAUGAGAAUGAUGAUGAUGAUACAGAUACACUGGUCUACAGUGGUUCUGGAGGUAUAAGCAGGAACAGUGAGGAGAAGCAGGACCAGAAGCUUGAGAGGGGUAACCUUGCUCUUGAGAGGAGCCUGUCCAGAAAGAACGUGAUCCGGGUUGUACGUGGUUACAAGGAUCCAGCUUGCUUGACUGGGAAAGUUUAUAUCUAUGAUGGUCUUUAUAAGAUUCAUGAGUCCUGGAAAGAAAGAACAAAGACUGGGAUCAAUUGUUUCAAGUACAAGUUGCAGCGAGAGCCAGGACAGCCUGAUGCAGUUGCAAUCUGGAAGAUGUGCCAGAGAUGGGUAGAAAAUCCAGCUGCUAGAGGCAAAGUUUUGCACCCUGAUCUAUCAUCAGGUGCUGAAAAUCUCCCAGUGUGUCUUAUCAAUGAUGUUAACAGUGAGAAAGGACCAGGGCACUUCAACUAUAUUACUCAGGUCAAGUACUUGAAGCCACUCCGCUCUAUGAAGCCAUUUCAGGGUUGCAGAUGCACUAGUGUUUGUCUGCCUGGUGAUACCAGUUGUGAUUGUGCACAGCAUAAUGGAGGUGACUUACCGUACAGUUCAUCCGGAUUGCUUGUAUGUCGCAAGCUUAUGGUAUAUGAAUGUGGUGAAUCUUGCCGAUGUUCAAUCAACUGUCGUAAUAGGGUAGCCCAAAAGGGAGUAAGGAUCCACCUUGAGGUCUUCAGGACAACAAAUCGAGGCUGGGGUCUUCGUUCAUGGGAUCCUAUACGGGCUGGGUCAUUUAUUUGUGAGUAUGUUGGUGAGGUUGUUGAUGAUACUAAAGUUAAUUUGGAUGGUGAAGAUGAUUAUCUUUUUCGAACUGUCUGUCCUGGCGAGAAGACAUUAAAAUGGAAUUAUGGGCCUGAAUUGAUAGGGGAACACAGCAUAAAUAUUUCAGCUGAUACUUUUGAGCCGCUGCCCAUCAAGAUAAGUGCAAUGAAAAUGGGAAAUGUUGCACGUUUCAUGAACCAUAGUUGCAACCCUAACACCUUCUGGCAACCAGUUCAAUUUGACCAUGGAGAGGAUGGUUAUCCACACAUCAUGUUCUUCGCACUGAAGCAUAUUCCUCCCAUGACAGAACUGACUUAUGACUAUGGCGACAUCGGAUGUGAAUCUAGGGGUGUAGGUUCUAGAGCUAAGAACUGCCUUUGUGGAUCCUCAAAUUGCCGGGGCUUUUUUAGCUGACUGUUGAAGAUGUGCAUUAUCUUAUCAACAUGCAAAUAUAUUUACCUGAUCCUUUUGCUUUUUUGGUGGUACUAGGAAGUGGACUAUGUUCAAGACUUUAGAAGUAUGGAGAAGCUGGUUACUUCAAAUGGCUAACCUCGUUUGCCGCUGUGGAAGUAGUAAUAGUAAAUUAGUGCAACAUUUGCAAUGCCCAUUCUCGUGGUGUCUCUUGCGAUGUGUGAUUGUAGGCCUUGCAAGAUCAAUUUUGUAAAAUUAUGUGGGGGGGGUGGGGGGGGGAUGUGAUGCUGCUGAUCUGACUACAGUCGAUGAUGUUUGGGUAGGCAAAGUUGGGACUGAACCCCUCGCGGUCAGCUGUGAAUUCAGAAGCUGAGAUAUUUGGAUGAAUGCUGAUAUGGUGGCAUAUGGUUCUUCGAAA